UCUACAACCAGCUGUAAAGUUGUGUGAAAGUAAUGUAGCAGGAAAUAGACUGCGAUCACGUCGCGAGUGUUUUAUUUUCAGCAAUGAUUUACAUCUAUAACAACGUAAUUUAGCAAAACAUGAAGUUUAGAUAUCGCUGAAGCUGGAUAAGUUACAAAACUGGGCUUUGGACCUCUUUAUCAAUGGCUUGUUAUCUUCCGUUUCGCUCAAACAAGGAAUGUUUGACUGAAUCAGCGAAGGGUCCACACGUAUUUAGUUUUUUUUAAAACGCACGCCUGCUAGAUGCAUUUGUAAAGAGCAACGGGUUUUAAACACUCCAUUUUACUGAUGGAGCCCUUUAAAAGAGAUGGUGACUAUAAUAACGAGGGCUGGAUGUCAUCUUUGCCAGAGAAACUGUGGGAUAUCCCUUUAACAAAUCUCGCAAUUCCAGGUAGCCAUGACGCAAUGAGCUACUGUCUUGAUAUCAGUUCACCACUGCUCAGAUCUGAGUCAGAUGCCUUCAGGCUACUGGAUGGACUUUUCUACUGUUUCACCCGGCCAGCUAUUUACAGAUGGGCCACUACUCAGGUGCAAAACAUUGUGGAGCAACUUACAGCUGGCAUUCGAUACUUUGAUCUUCGAAUUGCCCACAAACAGCAUGAUUCUUCCAAAGAUCUUUUCUUCACUCAUGUCAUUUACACACGUGUGACUGUUGUCGAAACUCUACAGAGAGUUGCUUCAUGGCUUGAGUCUCAUCCCAAAGAAAUUAUCAUUCUGGCUUGUAGUCAUUUUGAAGGGCUAGAUCAUAAACUCCACGAGGAAUUUAUGUAUUCUCUGAAGAAAAUAUUUGGCUCUAAGCUGUGUCCUCGCAAUGAGACAGUUUUGACCUUGCGCAGCCUGUGGACAUCUCGCUAUCAAGUGGUUCUUUCAUAUGAGGAUCAGUCUGCAGUGCGCCAUAAGGAGUUGUGGCCUGCCAUCCCGUACCUUUGGGCCAACAAACCAAAUGCAGAAGAGCUGCUUCAGUACCUUGAGUGGCAGAAACAGCUUGGCCGACCUGAUGGGUUCUUUGUAGCAGGGCUGAAUUUGACAACAGACAGAUGCUUCAUUGCUUCGCACCCACGAAAGUCUCUCCAGACCCUGACUACGGAGAACUGGGACUGCAUUUGGAGAUGGCUAGAGGAUCAGAAACCAGGAUCUGAAUCCACAAGUCUAAACAUCAUAGCUGGAGACUUUAUUGGACCUAUCCCAUUUUGCUCGCUUGUUAUUGCUCUCAACAAGAAACUCCUUUAA